AUGCGGCGGCUGCAGGGUGAAGACCUUCAGACAGGACCUCUCAAACUAGAGCACUUGUUAGCCAAGGGGCUGACUAAAAAAGAUUUGGAUUUGUUAAAAGAAGCCCAAGAAUAUCUUGAGGCCAGAGCUAACCUCAUCAAAUUCACUACAGGCAGCGUGCAGCUCGAUGCGCUGCUUAAGGGGGGUAUCGAAACUGGUAACUUAACUGAACUCUUUGGGGAAUUCAGAACAGGAAAAACACAACUCUGUCAUACACUUGCCGUAUCCUGUCAGUUGCCAGUUGAGCAGAGUGGAGGCGAAGGAAAAUGUUUAUGGAUUGAUACAGAAGGAACCUUCAGACCCGAACGUAUUGUCUCUAUUGCUAAAAGAUUUGGCUUAGAUCCAAGCGAUUGCCUGGAUAAUAUAGCCUACGCCAGAGCCUACAACUGCGAUCACCAGCUGGAGCUGCUGACGCAGGCAGGAGCGAUGAUGGCGGAGUCUCGCUUUGCUUUGUUGAUUGUUGACAGUGCUACGGGUUUAUACCGCUCUGAGUUUGCGGGCCGUGGAGAGUUGGCGAGUAGACAAAUGCAUUUAUGUCGUUUCUUGCGUUGUUUGCAGCGAAUUGCAGACACUUAUGGUGUAGCUGUGGUUGUAAGCAACCAAGUUGUUGCCAAGGUAGACAACGGCCCUUCUCUAUUCAACAGCAACGAAAAACUCCCUAUAGGGGGUAAUAUCAUGGCACAUGCAAGCCAAACGCGGCUCUACCUACGCAAGGGAAAGGGGGAAAGCCGCAUAUGCAAAAUCUACGAUAGCCCCAGCCUACCCGAAGGAGAAGCUGUAUUUGCUAUUGGUGAGGGAGGCAUUGGGGAUUAUGAAGACAACUGA